AUGCACUUCUCAAAGGCAGUUCUUGUUGGCCUAGCCUCUAGCUUCGUCGCGGGUGCUCCGGUGUCGGAUGUGGAAUAUACGGCCAUCGAAAAACGGGACUUGAACCUGAAUGCAUUUCUAGCCGCCAUUGUGGAAAUAUUUCCCGUCAAUGUUCCCGUCAAUGGCAUCUGUACGGCUUUGGGCAUUGGUGAAACUGCUUUGGCAGCGGGGUUUGGCCUCAAAAUAAAUGCCAACCGUAGGGGAUGUGCCGACGUCACGGUCGUCUUCGCACGAGGCACCUGUGAUCCCGGUAACGUUGGUGCUCUCGUUGGGCCGCCCUUUUUUCGGGCUCUCGAGGCGGCCAUCGGGUCCUCCAAGUCGGUCGCCAUUCAGGGCGUUGAGUAUCCAGCAACGGUUGACGGGUAUCUCAGGGCAGACCCAGCUGCUGGAGUGACCAUGGCUAAAUUCAUCACCAACACCAUCGCCGAAUGUCCCAAGACACAGUUCGUAUUGAGCGGAUAUUCUCAAGGAGGCUAUGCUGUCCACAAUGCGGCCAAAAAUCUCGACGCCAAGUCCAUGUCCAAAGUCAAGGCCGUCGUCAUUUUCGGAGACCCAAUGUCCAAGGAGCCGGUGCGAGGCAUUGACGCAAGCAGGGUAAGCAUUGUUUGCCACGAGGGCGACGAUAUCUGCGACGGAGGUGUUUUCAUCACACCGCAGCAUAUCACAUAUGCUGCGGAUGCGGAGUCGUCUGCCGAUUUUGUGGUGUCGAAACUCUGA